AUGAGAAGGUCUGGUGACGUUCGCAAGUGGGUUGUGUUGAUUCUCUUCUGCUUCUUCAGCAGCUCAAAUGCCAUUCAAUGGAUUACGUUUGCCCCUAUUGCUACACCAGCACGAUUAUUUUUUAACUUGAGUACUGAUCAGUUAAAUUAUUUAUCGUCUGUUUACAUGAUUGUAUUUGCAGUAGGUGUCGUUUUUACGUGUUCCACAUUUGAACGCUGGGGUGUGCGUCGCGGGGUGUUAAUUGGAUCUGGACUUAAUGCAUUGGGUUCCGUAUUAAAGGUUGCUCCUGGUCUUUUUUUUCCCUCUUUCACCACCAUGAUUAUUGCACAGACGAUUAACUCUGUUGCUCAACUUUUCGUUUUAUCGACACCUCCUUUAAUUGCCUCCCAUUACUUUCCUCCGCAUCAACGAGCUCUUGCCACAGCUGUGGCAAGUACAUCAAAUAGCCUUGGAAAUGCGUUAGCUCUUUUCGUACCUCCACUAAUUGUUAAAACUCCCAGUCGGAGAUCCUUCAUGAUACUUUUUGGUACAGAAAUGGCAUACUGUUGUGCAGUGUUUAUUGGUGUAAUCUUCUUUCUUCAACCACCACGGCAUCCACCACGCCGUUGGAGCAACGGUGAUAUUUCACUGCGCAGUGCCACGGCGACAGCUGAAGCAUCUGUAAAUUCAGGGUCUUCUGUCCCACGAAGUGGUCGAAACCAACGACAUUCAGAACCUAUCGGAAAUCAAGGAAGUACCUAUUGUACUAGAAACGAGCAUAUUCGAAGUAUCAUUCACGUUUACCGCGCUGGAUUUCAUCUUUUGAAAUCCAGGGAUUUUCUCUUUCUAUUCUUUGCCUUCAGUAUCAGUAUGGGGAGUGUAUGGACCUUUGCCUCUGUGUUAACACAGAUACUAGAACCAUUCGGUGUCAGUCAAGAGUUGGCAGGAUUCAUGGGAGCUGGCAAUAUUGUGCUGGGUACAGCUACAGCCUACGGAGUAGGAGCCUGGGUAGGCCAAAGUCGUAAGUAUAAGCUAACACUACUUAUUUGUUUUAUGUUCUCAGCCCUCUGUUGCUCUGCGUUAAUUAUAACAAUGACAAGAGCCACACCAUAUUCAAAAUUAAUGGAUGCUAUGUGUAGUCUCGUAUACAUACUAGCGGGUUUGGGGCAGAACACAGCGAUACCCAUCUGUUUCGAGUUCGCCAUGGAAAUAACUCAUCCACUACCCGAAUCAGUUCCUGGGGCACUUCUUAUGGCAGGAGCCAACGUUGCAUCUCUUAUUCUUCUUUCAGUCUCAUCUGCCCUUCUGGGUGACGGUAUUGCCACACAGAGAAACGCAGUAAAUGUGAUGAUUGUCGUUAGUGUCGUGUCUAUGAUUGGUGGGAUCCUUGCAUUGGUACCAGUUGAAAAACUGCGCCGCUACGAGGCUGAAUUGGACGCGCAGCGGCAGGAGUUACAG